AUGGGAACUGUAGGUUCUUUCUUACGAUCAAAUGACGAUGUCCAACACAUUCCCAUUGAGAUGAAACCCAGAGGAAAGUUGGGUCUUGGUAGAGUUGGCUCCAUAGUUGGUCGGAAACCAAAAGGAGGAAGUCUACGUUCUGCAUUGUCAAUAGAAUUAGAGAAUGCUGAGACAGAACGUAUCAAAAGGGAAUUUGAAAUGUAUCGUUUGGAUAAAGAAAAUGACAUUGCUAAUUGGUUAAAAAAAGAAAAGAAAUUAGAACAGGAGAAUAAAAGAAUGAGAUCAGAGUUAUUGGCAUUACAGAAAAUGUGUACCAAGUUACGCAAUGAAAGAGAUGCUGCAUUUCAAGCUGAACAGAGGGCUCUAGCAAGGGCUGCUUCAUUUGAAUGUGAUAGAGAUAAAGUACAGAGAAGAUUCAAGAUAUAUCGUGAAACUGCUGAAUUUGAAUUGCAAAAUGUUUUGAGAGACAGACGUAAUCUGGAAAAUAAAGUUACGAAAUAUGCCGCAGGUUUGAUGAUUGAAGAUGGUGAUUCUACAUCAAGAUUUCUACCCGAUGGGGGUACUCUAGGUGAGAAAAGUACAGCAUCAAAAUAUGUUUGUACUAAUAAUCAGGGAGAUUGGUGGAGUGAACCAUCUCUGGGCAGUUCAAUACAGCUCCAUCAACCAACCUAUCUUCGUGGUCCAGAGUUUGCUCUUACCAUAAUGGAAUUAGAAGGACCUUUUACUAAUGUCAACAAAGAGGAUUGGAGUUGUGCUUUGGCAAAUCUAAAUCAGAAUAAAGAUAAACAGCUGAAUAUUAAUGUAAAUAGAUUGAUGCGAAUCUACCUCUCAGCUCCCCGUAAUAUGUCUCAUGAAGUUCAUAUCUUUGUAAAGGAGUAUGUACCAGUAUUAAAGUCUUUAUGUGAAAAGGAAGGAAGAAGUUUACUAUUAAUACAUUAUCUAGAAAGACAUCAGAAUAGCCGACAAAAACAAAUAGAAACUUCAUCUGUAUUGGUAGCAUUUCUAGGGCAAUCUUUAGAUGGAGAAUCUUGUAUAGAUGUAAAAGCAUUGAUGAAAGAUACCACAAUUACAAAACCUACAGUUUUAUUAUGUAAGAACCAGGAAGACAAAUGUGUUUAUGAGAAUGAAAUUGGUGUGAAAUUAAAAGAAUUUAACAAUGUAACAGUCAUCCCAGAAUACCAUUCACCACAACAAGCUGCUGAACUUUUAUACAAUACACUGGAUAAAAUUCUUAAAAAUGAUUUAGGUAUAGAUAAAGUCAAACCGGAUCCAGAACAGACAGAUAUAAACUAUAUGUGUGGUGGAAUAUUAUGGGAUAUAAAUUAUGAUAAUGAGCAGGCUGAAGCUUUAGCUUACGCCUCAGAUUCUACUUGUCAAUUAGGCUUUGAUAAGUAUUAUGAGAAAUUGAACAAUCACGUGUCUGCUGCCGGUCCCUAUCCACCAUUACUGAUCAUGGGAACAUCAGGCAGUGGAAGAUCAUUACUUCUUUCUAAAUGGGUAGAACAACAAAAAGAGAAAAAUCCAAAUUGUUUAGUUUUGUAUCAUUUUGUAGAUAAAGAGUCAUCUGUCAGUGCUGAUCCUAUUUUAAUGAUAAGACGACUCUCAUCACAGUUAAUGCAGCAGAUCAACAAUCCACCAGUGUUAUCAAAUGACUCGACUCGACUUGUUGAAGACUUCCCACGAUGGCUGGAAAAAAUCUCCUCAAAAUCUCCAGGAGGAACAAUUCUAGUCCUUGACUCCAUUGACAGAUUUCAGCAAGCUGAGUUACAUUUGAAAUGGUUAUUAGAUCCUCUACCUGUAGAUACUAGAGUUAUUGUUUCGGUACAUGAACAUACAUGUCCACAAGUAUGGAGAUCUUGGCCAACACUACAGCUUGAAUUACUGGAUACAAAAAGUGUACAAGAAGUGUUAUGGUCAGAGUUAUCUGCUCAUGAAAUAAUAUUAACCAAUGUGAAUGAGAGUAAGAUAUUGUCUCGUUGUCAGAAUCUAGGAUCAUGUACUCCACUAUACAUUAUAUUGAUAGCUGCUUAUAUAAUCAGCCUUUCAUCAGAUUUAAAUAUUUUACUGUCAUCUCUAACUUGUGAACAGUUAUAUAUCAGUAUGAUUGGUUUGUUAGAGAGAGAUUUUGAAACUCCAGAACAUGAAGGCAUGAUUAAAUUGAUUUUAAAGUAUAUGUGUGUAAGUAGAAAUGGAAUAGAAGAAAAUGAAUUAUUUGGUUUGAUACCAGACUUAACGUGGAUGUUUUUAAUACCAGUUUUAGAUGUACUGGCCACAACUCAUAUUAUUAAAUAUCAUUCAGGUGUUUUAACAUUUGCUCAUCAUGCGGCUAUGAAAGGAGUAAAUGAAUUAUGUUUUGGUAGUUCAGGAAGUGAACAGAUAUUAGAUAUACAACAGGAACUGAUAGAUUAUCAUACACAAUACUUAUUACCUGGAUCUGUGACAUGCCGUAUAGUGGAUGAGUUACCAUGGUUACUAAGACAAGCAGGAGAUAGAAAUAAGUUGCAGGAAUGUCUAUUGAACCUAUGUAUAUUUCAACGUCUAUAUACUAGAGGCAGAGCUUCUGAGUUAUUGACCUACUGGCAGUAUUUAGACAUAGAUAAGAACAAAAUGGCUACCUCAUAUUUUACUUCUGCUAAACAAACUGAAGAAGAGAAAGGUCUAUCUACUCUACCUCUGAUAGCAGAUUUAUAUGAAACAUUGGGACGGUUUCUAAAUGAUUUGGUUCUCCUAAAUCAGGCACUUCCACCAUUACAACGGGCUCUGGAGAUCCGGGAGACAGCAUUAGAUCCUGAUCACCCAAUGGUAGGACGUGCCUUACACCAAUUAGCCAGAUUACAUGCUCAAUGGGGCAAAUAUUCCAUAGCAGAAGCCUUAUUUAAACAAGCGUUAGAAAUCUAUGAAAAUGCAUAUGGUUUUGAGCAUGAAAUGGUUGCUAAGGAAGUGGAAUCACUAGCCAACUUGUAUCAAAAACAAAACAAACAUGACGUAGCAGAACCACUUAGAAAAAGAGCCCUGUCCAUCAAACGUAGAAUAAAGUCAAUUCAAAAUGUAAGUAAGUUACAGAGAAGAACUCUACAUCUAGAAGAGUUGGCAUUAGGUCCUGAGUCACCUGAUCUUGCUAGAACUUUAAAUGAACUUGGUGUAUUGUAUUAUCUACAAAAUGAUUGGGAGACAUCUGAAUCAUUUUUUAAGAGAUCCUUAGAGAUGAGAGAAAACUUAUUAGGUAAAGAUCAUUUGGAUCUGGCACAAUCUUUGAAUAAUCUGGCAGCAUUGUUUAAUGAUAAGAAAAUGUAUGAUAAAGCUGAACCAUUGUAUGAAAGAGCUUUACAGAUCAGAUUAAAGCAUCUUAGUCCAGAUUCAGCUAGUGUAUCUAAUAUAAUACGACAUCUAUCUAUGGUUUAUAGAAAACAGAAUAAGUUUGAGAAAGCAGAACCGUUGUAUAUACAGGGUGUUGAGAUACGAGAGAAAUGUUUUGGUGUUAAUCAUCCUUCUGUUGCUACAGCUCUCGUCAACCUGGCAGUCCUUUACUCACAACAGAAUAAAUACCAUGAAGCUGAACCAGCUUAUGAAAAAGCUUUAAAAAUUUAUGAAGACAGUUUAGGUUCUCACAAUCCUCGUGUUGCUGAGACAUUGAGAAAUUUGGCUGUCAUGAAAUAUGAACAGAAAGAUUUUGAAACAGCUGCCCGAUUGUAUAAAAGAGCUACAGAAAUCAAGGAAAGUGAAGCAAACUAUACAAAUAAAGUUUUAUCUCGGCGUAGUUCUAGUGGUGAAACAAACUCAACUAUAAAAAACAUACUUCAUCCAUCCUAA